UGUGACCCGCCAGAGCAGUGAGGGUCCGCAGUCUCGCUCCAGCGCCGAUCCGAUCCGGGCAGGGAGGGGUCCAGCACUCACCUCAGGGUCUAUUGCCACAGCAACCGGACAGCGUCCAGGUGACAGUGUUCCGUAGACAGGAUUUCCCUGAACAAAAUGUCAAAACAACCCUCCUCCAACGUUAAGGCCCUACAGGCUAACCUAAAUAUCCCGAUGGGGGCGCUCCGCCCUGGAGCUGGGCAUCCUGUGAAGAGGAAAGAGGAAUCAGCAGACAUAGAGGAGGCCCCGCCCACGUCGCCGGAGGAGAAGAAGCAGCUGCCGGGUGCAGUGAAGCUGCCCGGUCCGGCCGUCAACCUGUCCGAAAUCCAGAACGUGAAGAGCGAGCUCAGAUGGGUCACCAAGGACUAGAGCAACAGGGCACCACACACCUCCCUCCCCCUGACUACACACACACACCCCGUCCUAUUUUGGAAAAGAAAAAAUCUCCAACAUUCAACAACAGUGGAUCGGCUGGCACCCUGAGACAUGGCUCUCU